AUGUCCGCGUCUCGUCGCAAGGCUCAUUUUGAGUUGUGGGUCAUAGGGCGGGCAGCUUUAUCUGAUCAAGGGCCGGGGCACAAGGGUCCUAGUACUAUCCAGGUGCGAAGAAGCCCGGAGGUGACUGCAAUGAGCAGAAAUCUCACUCACCGGCCUAAACGACGAGCAAACACUCGAACAUCGGCCAUAGGAGUACUCCGGGAUAUAAACCAGGGCAACAAAAGUGGAGCAUACGGCGAUGCCGCCCGUUUUCAUUUCGUGGAAGUCCCCGGCAGAGGAAAGGGCUGUCCCCGUAAUUCGAGUGAGAUUGUCAUGGCGCAAAAGCAGAUAUGGUCCGGUAUUCCCUUGUUCCCUGUAUUGGUUAUGUUCUUUAUUUCUUGUCUAGCAGAAACUAAUCGAGCUCCGUUUGAUCUCCCAGAAGCGGAAGCUGAAUCAGUUGCAGGCUAUAAUGUAGAAUAUGCGCGGGAUGCGAUCCUUAAUAGUUCACUGUUGGCGGAAGCCAAUGUCCCGGGGUCCCGGGGACUCAUUCUGACUGAAACAAGGGGCGGGUCUUUACCAACUUUUCAAUCUGCUAUUUUAGGGAAGCCAAAAAACGUGAGCGCCUAG